AAUGAAAAGAGGAGAGAGGAAGAGAGAGAAACCUCAUUAAUGCACAUCGACCUUUUGAUCUCUCUCCUUACUCGCACUUCGCAGGCAGCCCUCACUCCGCAGUCGAUAUUUACCCCCGCUUUUGAUUCUCCAUUUACCCUCUGUUACUUUUUCUCGGAUCACUGCUACUUCUUAUGCCACGGCCAGAGCCCGGAGGAGAAAAGAUGAAGAUGAGAACAGUCUCCGCUCUCGUGAACCUGGAGAUCUUGUCUUUGUCUAGGGCAUAACGGUCUGAGCUCCUUCGGCGUCCGCGGCCCUAGCGUGGGCAUAGUUGAGGGGCAUGCAGGGCUACUGCUGGCCAUUUGGCCUGUGUCCCGUCAGUGGCAGCUGUUGAUUGUAUUGAAAGGAAAAUGAGCGUUAUUCUGGUGCUUUCCCUCUGUCUGCUUCCAUUUAGUCUUUGUUCCCCAGAAAAAUCAAGGCGAAGUAACCCAGCAAUGGUUCCAUCCAGUGCUACUGGAAUUCCAGCCAUGUCACCGUGGGUGCCAAUUCUUUCUCCAGCAUUUCCACCAAGAUACAGUGGCCCUGCUGCAAGUCCCGUCCAUAAAAGGAUUCAUCAUGCAAUUCCACCAACCUUUCCUCCUAUGCAAGAAAACUGUGAGGGAAUCUCCUGCUCUGAUCCUCUCACUCGGACUCCAAUUGGUUCACCUUGUGGUUGUGUAUUCCCUAUAACAGUUGUUAUUGACGUAGGACUAGCCCCAGUUCUAUUAUUUCCUCAGAUAGCAGAGCUUGAAAUUGAGGUUGCAGCUGGUACACACCUGAAACAAAGUCAAGUGAGAAUCAUGGGUGCUGAUGCUAGCGUCCAUGGUCAAGACAAGACAACGGUCACAAUUUAUUUGGUACCAUUGGGUGAAAAGUUUGACAAAAUGACUGCUUUACUUAUUUAUGAUUGGUUUUGGCAGAAGAAGGUUCGAAUAAAUGCAUCCAUUUUUGGUGAUUACGAAGCAUUAUUCGUUCAUUACCCUGGGCUUCCUUCCGCUCCACCAUCCAUACAUCGGGGAUCCUCUGUCAUGAUUCCGGCUGGAAGUCAACAACUUCCACUAACAGCAAAUGUACCUACUGUCAGGCAGCAGAAGAUUGAUAUUAGAGUAAUUGUUCUCGUUGCACUAUCUACGUUGUUACUCAUGUCACUUUGCAUUGGAGUGAUUUUAAUAAUCCUUAAGUUGAAGAAACUUGGACAACCACUUGCUACUUCUCAAUCUGUGGUUGGCCCGUCAAUGACCAAGACAUCAGGAGCUCCGUCUAUGAUUCCAAGCAGUGCAGUGAGUUCAACGUUUCGGUCCAUUUCCACCCUGGCCACUUAUCUGCCUUCAGUGAAGACAUUUUCUUUUGCUGAACUUGAGAAGGCUACCGAUGGUUUCUGUUCUGGGAAAAUAUUGGGUGAAGGUGGCUUUGGUUGUGUUUACCAUGGAAUUUUGGAGGAUCAAAAUGAGGUUGCUGUGAAACUGCUCCGCGGGAAUGAGCAAAAUGGUGACCAUGAGUUUAUUGUAGAAGUGCAAUUGCUUAGUCGGCUGCACCACCGUAAUCUAGUCAAGCUGAUCGGUGUGUGCAUUGAAGAGCAUAAUCGUGGUUUGGUUUAUGAGCUUGUCCGCAAUGGAAGUGUGGAGUCCCAUCUGCAUGGUGCUGAUAGGAGCCUGCGACCUUUAAACUGGGAAGCAAGGAUGAAGAUUGCCCUGGGUGCAGCCAGAGCUCUUGCAUACCUGCAUGAGGACUCUGACCCUUGUAUUAUUCACCGUGAUUUCAAGGCCAGCAAUGUAUUACUAGAAGAAGAUUUCACACCAAGGGUUUCCGAUUUUGGGUUGGCAAGGGAAGCAUGUGAUAGUAAUCAUAUUUCCACUCGAGUCAUGGGGACUUUUGGUUAUGUGGCUCCUGAAUAUGCAAUGACUGGACAUCUUCUUGUCAAGAGUGAUGUCUACAGUUACGGUGUUGUUCUACUAGAGCUUCUGACUGGCCGCAAGCCUGUGUACAUGACUGAUUCUCAUGAGCCACAGAAUCUCGUGACCUGGGCUCGCCCUUUAAUGGCGAGUAUGGACGGUUUGCAUCAGCUCAUCGAUCCUUUCUUGUGCGGAAUCUGCAACUUUGAUGACUUUGCUAGAGUUGCAGCAGUAGCUUCUAUGUGUGUUCAUAGCGAGGCGUCGCAGAGACCAUUCAUGGGAGAAGUAGUGCAAGCAUUAAAGCUGGUUUACAAUGACAUGGAUGAUAUCAAUGAAGCUUCUUACAGCCACAGAGGAUCAUCUCCCUCUCAAAACUGCAACGACAAUGGAGAUUUUGGCCUUGAGAGCAGUUGGUGGAGCGAGGGCUCGCCUCGAACGGACUACGGAAAUGCUCACUCUAUUGCAACAAUGGAGUAUAGUUCUAAUCAGAUAGAAGAAAUUGAGAGGAAUAAUAGAUCAGGUCCUUUGAGAUCAAAGAGGAAAAAGAUGUCUGCGUUGUAUAAGCUGAGAGGGAGCAUGAGUGAGCAUGGAAUUUACAGGCGUCAGAUUCAUAUGAAUUGAUUAAUUGGGUCUUAACCUUUAACAGAAAUUCUCUCACUUCCAACUUUGUAUAAUGCAAAUGUACAGUUUGUGUGUUGAGAUUAUUUUAGCUCUAUAUUUCCUUUAUCUCAUAGGUAGCUAGAAGCAUCUUUUUUCACACCCUUCAGCUUUCCUUUACAGAACGCUAAUAUAUAGCGAUGAUUAUAACUGAGAUCUUCACUUUACCUUAGAUUUUUGAAAAGUACUA